AGGAAAGGGCGCCCGAUGCCAGCUGCCAACAUGACAGAGACGCUGCAGCUCCCGGCGCUGCGGGUCCCCGAGCAGCAGCAGGUGCUGGAGGGCGGCUGCGCCUGGUCCAGCUCGUCCACCCCGACCCUGCGCAGGAAGCGCUUCAAGAUGAGGAGGAUGAAGAACGUGCAGGAGCAGAGCCUGGAGGCCGGCGGGUUCCCGGAGUCGCCUUCCUCCAGCAAGGAAUACCUGCAGCUGCCCUCCAUUGAGAUCACCCCGUCCAGUGACGAGGACACCCCCUGGUCCAACUGCUCCACUCCCAGCGCCUCCCCGCGCCGCAAGCGCUUCCUCCUUCGGAAGUGGCUGCGCGUCCGAGAGAAGAAGGAGUGCAGUGAGAGCAGCAGCCAGCAGAGCAGCCAGCAGAGCAGCCACGACGAUGACUCCGCGCGGUUCCUGAGCCCCUCCGUGCGCGAGGACAGCACCGCCAGUAACUCCAACCGCAGCACGCCCGCCUGCUCCCCGAUCCUGCGCAAACGCUCGCGCUCGCCCACGCCGCAGGACGCCCAGGGGGACGCCAUGGUGGAGAAGGGCUCCGACCACUCCUCGGACAAGUCGCCGUCCACGCCGGAGCAGGGCGUCCAGAGGAGCUGCUCCUCACAGUCAGGCCGCAGCGGGGCCAAGAACUCCAAGAAAAGCCAGAGUUGGUAUAAUCAUGAGAGACAGUACAUCCGGAGAGUGCUGAGCCCCACGUACAAGCAGCGCAAUGAGGAUUUCAGGAAACUCUUCAAGCAGCUCCCGGACACCGAGCGCCUCAUCGUGGAUUACUCAUGUGCCCUCCAGAGGGACAUUCUCCUGCAGGGCCGCCUCUACCUCUCCGAGAACUGGAUCUGCUUCUACAGCAACAUCUUCCGCUGGGAGACACUGCUGACAGUUCGCUUGAAGGACAUCUGCUCCAUGACCAAGGAGAAGACAGCCCGGCUCAUUCCCAAUGCCAUCCAAGUUUGCACUGACACUGAAAAGCACUUUUUUACCUCCUUUGGGGCCCGGGACAGGACGUACAUGAUGAUGUUCAGACUGUGGCAGAAUGCUCUGCUGGACAAGCCCCUGUGCCCCAAGGAGCUCUGGCACUUUGUCCACCAGUGCUACGGCAACGAGCUGGGGCUGACCAGCGACGACGAAGACUACGUGCCUCCUGACGAUGACUUCAACACCAUGGGCUGUAGCUGUUGUGAGAGGGGUAACCAUAAAAACCUGUGUUCUCUGUGGCGUCCCAGCUACUGCGAAGAAAUCCCCGUGGAGGAGAAUGAAGUCAACGACAGCUCCUCCAAGAGCAGCAUGGAGGCCAAGCCCGAAGCCAGCCCUCAGCUGCCAAAGAAAUCUGUCACUGCCAGCACCCUGACCUCCACAGGCAGCAGUGAAGCCCCAGCCUCGUUCGAUGGAGUGCUCCCAGAGGAGGAGGAGGCAGUGGCAGAGAGUCCUGUGGAGAAGGACCUUGGCAUUGCCAACAUCAUGGGAGAGAAAAUCGACAUCAUUGGCCCUGUGAACUCCCCCUCCCUGGACUUCAAUGACAACGAGGACAUUCCCACAGAGCUCAGCGACUCCUCAGACACCCACGAUGAAGGGGAGGUCCAAGCCUUUUACGAGGACCUGAACGGCCGCCAGUACGUGAACGAGGUGUUCAACUUCAGCGUGGACAAGCUCUACGACCUGCUCUUCACUGACUCCCAGUUCCAGAGGGACUUCAUGGAGCAGCGCCGCUUCUCUGACAUCAUCUUUCACCCCUGGAAGAAGGAGGAGAAUGGCAACCAGACCCGAGUGAUCCUGUACACCAUCACCCUCACCAACCCCCUGGCCCCCAAAACUGCCACGGUCACGGAGACUCAGACAAUGUACAAGGCCAGCCAGGAGAGCGAGUGCUACGUCAUCGACGCCGAGGUGCUCACCCACGACGUGCCCUACCACGAUUAUUUCUACACCAUCAACCGCUACACCCUGACUCGCGUGGCCAGGAACAAAAGCCGACUCAGGGUUUCCACAGAAUUGCGCUACAGGAAGCAGCCCUGGGGGCUGGUGAAAUCCUUCAUUGAGAAGAAUUUUUGGAGCGGCCUGGAGGAUUAUUUCCGUCACUUGGAGAGCGAGCUGACCAAAACAGAGAGCACGUACCUGGCUGAGGUGCACAGACAAUCCCCCAAAGAGAAGGUGAGCAAGCAAUCCACGGUGCGGCGGCGGAAACGCGCCCACGCCCACCUGAGGGUGCCCCACCUGGAGGAGGUGCUCAGCCCCGUGACCACCCCCACGGAUGAGGAGGUCGCCCAUCGAAUCAAGCACGUGGCAGGUUCCACUCAGACACGGCACAUCCCUGAGGAGAGCCCCAGUGGCUUCCACCUGCAGAGCGUCUCCAAGCUGCUCCUUGUCAUCAGCUUUGUUCUGGUGCUGCUGGUCAUUCUCAACAUGAUGCUGUUCUACAAGCUCUGGAUGUUGGAGUACACCACGCAGACGCUGACGGCGUGGCAGGGCCUGAGGCUGCAGGAGAGGUUACCCCAGUCUCAGACAGAGUGGGCCCAGUUGCUGGAGUCCCAGCAGAAGUACCACGACUCCGAGCUGCAGAAAUGGCGCGAGAUCAUCAAAUCCUCCGUGAUGCUCCUGGACCAGAUGAAGGAUUCUCUAAUAAACCUCCAGAAUGGAAUCGGGUCCAGGGACUUCGGGUCAGAUCCAGAGGAGAAAAGGAAACGUUUCCAUUGACAGGCAGGAAUGCAGGAGGCCAGAGGACGGUGUGCAAUAUGUGUAAAUAGGAUAUAUAAAUAUAUAUAUAAAUAUAUAUAUAUAUAUACAGAUAUAAAUAUAUAUAUUAUAUACAGAUUUUAAGAGAAAAAAAAAGAAGAAAAAAACCAAGAAAAAAAAAAAGCCUAAAGAGGGGAAGGAGUGACCUCCAACACUGGCUGAACUGGAGGGGCUCUGGGAGUGUGGGGUGUGUGUGUGAGGGAGGGCUGUGCUCUCCCAGCACUGGGGUGUGCUUAGGGCAGUGCCCAGCUCUGCUCCCUGGGCCCGUGCACUGCUCCUCUGUAAUAUUGCUGUCUGUCUGUCUGUCUGUUCUGUUUCUGUUGUCUCAAAGGGAAGCAUCAGUGUGAGUGCCCCCCAUCCCCUCCCUGUGCAUGGAGCUCCCUGCUUUGCUCUGCUGUCCCCCAAGGGGACACUGUCACCCCCUCACCUGCUGGCACACGGGGUUGGCAAUGCUGCCAACCCUGGCAAAGCUGCUUUGGAGAGGAGGGGCAGCUGCUGUGGCUCUCUGGAGAUUUUGGAAUUUGCUGUCAGGCUGGCUCAGAGAGCAGAGCACAGAGCUGCAAUCCCUUCCACAACGCCCCUGUGCUGCUCCUGCCCCCCAGGUGGGUGUGACAGUGUGACAGUGUGACAGUGUGACAGUGUGACAGUGUCCCCUUUACCUGUGCUCUGCCACCCCUGGGCUGCAGGUCUGCAUCGGUGCUGGAAUCACCACCCAGAUUUAAACACAAAACCAAAAUUAGGAUGGAUUUGCACACACUCCCACCACCCAGCUCAGCAAAUCCCUCUGCUGUUUGUUCACCCAGCCCUUGUCUUGUUAAAUCUGUGGGGAAAAAAAAGGGGGGAAAAGCAACAGCUUCCUUUCCUGGAUAAAUUCACAUAAUUGUAUCUAUGCAGCAACAGCCAUCACUGUGCAUAUUUAUGUGAUUGCAUCUGUGGAGCAAAUCUUCCAGAAAUCCAGGAGAGGUCAGGAAGGGCCACAGGGAGCAAGGGAGGGCAGGAAAAAGGGCCCAUCAGAGGGUGGCAGGGCAGAGCUGGCUGUGAGGCACACACCCCAGCCCUGGAGGGCAGCCAGGUGCUGGAGCUGCACUCACAAACAGCCAAAUGUGCAUUUUGUGCUCUUCUGGGGCAGAAUUCCAGACUCCAUUAGCAGCCAGGUGGGGAAGAGGGGCAGCUUGGCUGUGUGUGCAAAGCUCAAACUCCUCUGGGACUGCAGUGGGGGUCAGGCUGAUUCUUGGAGGGUUUAAUAAAGGAUUUGGCCUCUUCCCCAGCCAGGUGGAUGAGGGGGAUGUGAAUCCAGCUUUGUCCAACUGGGAUUUUUCCACCUUCUGAGUGGCAGGAGGGAGGCAGCUGCACAUCCCCUGUUUGGAAAUGGUGCAGGUGUGACUCCUCCAGUUAAAUGAUGAAUAACUGGUCUCACACCAUUCUGUAGCACAGAAUAUCCUCAGUGCAGCCUGAGGAAAACCCUCCAAGCUCCCCCUUCCCAAUGGAUGCAGGAGUAACCUGAUGAUUCCUCCCCAUGCCCCCACACCAGAUCCCAUGUGCAGGAGCAUGGAUGGAGCCAGCCCAUCAAAAGGACAUUUCAGACUGUGAAAGCAAGCUCCAGCUGGGGAAAACCAGACAGUAAUGGCUAUUUAUGACUAUUUAUUUAAUUUAAUGCUGCUGACUACUGUACUGCUCCCUGGCUUUUCUCCCAGGGAGGCUGCUGAAAUGGCUGCUGUACCAUGAAAUUGAGGUGCUAGGGCCUGGGGAGGGAUUUCUGGGGCUCAUUUUCCCCACUGUGACUUGCCAGACUGCCCCAGAGUCCCCCUUUCCCCUCUAACCCACUCCCACAAUUACCAAGCACACAGGAUCCCCCUGCUGCUGGGAUUUCCCUCUGCUAGAAUUGAAUUCCAAGCUCCAAGCAGGAGACACAGAGGAAGCUCUGGGAUCCAGGAGAGAGCACACUGUGAAAGGGGAACCUGGAAUGGGGGGGUCUCCUCCACCUGGAGACAGAGAAAUCAUGGAUAAAUGCUGCUGAUCAGUGUUUGCUGCUCACAUCCUCUCUGUUAGGGAGGCAAGGAAUCCUUGUUCUCACCCUAAAUCCUUCCUCCUGUGCAGAUUUCCACUGCAGGCUCAGGAUGUUCCCUCAGACUGGGCUCCAGAGACAGAACUAUUUAAAAUCACUGUUUAAAAUCACUGUUAAAAAUCACUGUUAAAGCUCUGUUAAUCAGGCCAGGCAGCUGUAGCAAUCCCAACACUGACAUUUGUCCUACCUGCUCAUUAAAAUGGGUUUUUUUAAUUGUUUGACACUCAGCAAUGUGAAAUCCUUCAGUGAGAACACAAGGGCAACAAGCAGGACCUGUCCUUCACACUGAGGGAGGUUUCUCUUUGGGGCUUUAGGGAUUUCAGUUUUUUCCAGUUACUUCUUUUUCCCACUUGGCAGCCUUGGAGUUGGAUGGGAUUCACAAUCUUGUUUUGCCUCUUAAUCUCUCACAGUAGUGAUAAAAAGGGGAAAAGCAAGGUCUUAAAGCACUAAGGGUGAGGGUUUGAAGAAAACCUUGGAGUUUUCAGUUCCUCUGGAGAGCUGGGACAGGAAUCAGCAGCCCCAGCUGAAAUUAACUCCCAGGUCCAUUCGUGCUGGAGCCAAUUUUGGAUUUAAUUUGCUGGAGGGGUCAGUGACACUCUCUGGGAGUGAGAGGCCUGGCUGAUGUUACAGAGGGUGCUGCUUCCCCAGCUCCCACAGCCACGCAGGGUUUGGCUUCUCCCCUUGCUCACCCACCAGAAACCCCCCUGGAUUCUUUCCAGGUGCAUUUCCCCUCCCAGCCUGACCCUUCCACCUGCACUGCUGUGGGGUUUGGUCUGCAGGAGCUGAACAACCACCAAAACAGCGAUUUUUUAUUUAUUAUUUUCAUUUUUAUAAAGGCAUUUCUCUAGCCAAGCAUGCACAAGCAAUGCCAACAGCUUGUAGCCUAAUUCCUACCAAGGAAGAUGCUUUUGGUUUGAUUUGCAGGAUCUGAACAACCACCAAAACAGGGAUUAUUUUUAAAUUAUUUUUAUUUUUUAAAAGGCAUUUCCCA